UAGUAUGUUUGCAGUCCUAGGAAUUAGUAUUUAAGACGCUGCUCAGUGAACCGGUUUGUUUUGUUCAAUCAUUCCACAUUGCAGGCAUUAUAUAAAUAGUUAUAUCCAUUGCUUUCUUCUGCCGAGUCCCUAGAAACGCGACGUACGAUAUUCACUACUGGAGAUAAGAUUUGUGGAACAUUACGGAGCUUUGUGGUUGAAUAGUUGAUAUCGAAAAGUGAUAGUUCUGUUUGUGCAACCUUACUGCAGAAGUGUUCUUAUUAGAAAAAAAACAUCCCUCUGUACAGUGUAUUAGCUGAUCUAGCUUUGUGAAUGGUACCACCUUAUCUCCCAAGGUUACAAUAAUAAAAAAAAGGCUGUGAAAAGUGAAAUCAUCGUCGUCAUUCAUCGACAUCGAGGCUACAAAUCGAAUUCUUCCUUUUGAAGAUUUGUGUUGUUCGACUGUCUGAGGUACAGGACCGAUCCAUCAUCGCAAAACAUCUAGAGUACUGAAAGAAGCAUCUGAAUCGAACGAAAAUGCUAUCGCAUCUAUUGAAGGAGAAUGCCAAACUCACGGUCAGCACCGGAAAUGUGCUAAAUGUGAGCGAUCUUCGGAAGAAAGCUGGCCAGAAACCAACCGAUGAGUUGGUUGACAGCCUGCGAUCGACAUUCGCGGAAGCGGAGGUCGUUGAGUCCGGUGGGUCUCGUCUGGUGACACGCAAAAACAACGACCUGCUGGAAAAGAUAAAGGAACAUUCGCGAACGGACAUCAAGGUUGGGGCGAAAAUUUUCCUGAAUCACUUCUCGGAAUCCUACCUGACGGAGGCCGUGGAGAUUUUGUUCGAAACGCUGAAUGUAUCCUACCUGGACAAUCUAAUUUUGGCCUUCCACCCACGGACGGUUGUGAGCAAUGGGGUUGACGAAAUCAACGGGGAGGUGAAGGAAGGCGUCAUCGAGUGGGCUGUGGGUAGCGAAAAUGCCGGUGGGAAUCUGCGGAAAUUGUGGAGCAUUCUGGAAAAAUAUGCAACGGACAAGAAGAUCGGUCAGUUGGGCAUUGCAGAUUUGGACGUGGACUCGUUGAAGGAUUUGUAUGAAGGAUCCACUGUGCAUCCUUCGAUAGCGCAGAUCAAUUUGGCUGCCUGUUGCGUAGUUCCUCCACAGCUGCAGGAAUAUUGCAGCAAGAACGAGAUUCAAUUGCUGACACACAGUGAUCCACAAGAACUUCUACCGCGACAAGUGCUGGAUGAUUUGGAGCUUAGCACCUGCCUGGCUGCAUGGACCACCCGUUUCCAGGUGCACAUCAAAUGCCGGGGGGUUCUCGCAGCUAAGGGAUUUAUUGUUAGUCUGUCUCAUAAGUAAAUACUGUUAAUCACUAACAACGUACGUAACAUUCAUGUUAAUUGGUCGAAUGUCAAGGUUAGGAUAGUCACUGCUUAGCUUGUUAGAGAAGCGCCAUCGCUACAAACGCAAAAAUCUAGAACUGUCCAACGAAAACAAAAACCGUUAGAAAUAUUUAUCGACUAUCGACGAGAAGGAAACCAACGGUAGGACAUGCUUUCAAUGGCAUCUACGUAUUCAUAUUCCGCACUAGUAGCAAGCAAACUGGGUUAUGCAAGAGAAGCACUCGUGCUUAUAUUUUUGUUAGUCACUGUCAUACACGGGUACACGUUUCUUGUGUCGCAUUUACUUCACAUGCUUGAUUACAGCGCUAAGCGAGCCUUUCCCGUGCACUAUCAGUAAUUUUUAUAAAAAAUAAAAUGCUUUACUAUGCACUGUACUCAUAUUGUACACAAUAGUAGCGAACUUGGGCACAGGGAUAGCAAAUCACGAAUGGUUAACGAUUUUCUAAAAAUUUUGAACAAAUUGCAUGUAACUUGCAAUAUGUAAUAUCUCAUAGGGAUCUACAUAUUUAUUACAUGUUGAGUUUUUGAAACACUCAAAAACGAGAUGCCUUUUAAUAAAAUAAAUAUACUCAAAAAUUUGCCUGAUUUUUUUUCAAAGGUAGAGUCACUGAGGAUCACUUCCUUUAUUCUCACAAUAUUUAUGGAUACAUAUAUAAAUAUUACUUGAAUUAAAUGUAAAAUAUAUGUAAUGGGGAGCUAUGGAGUUUAUAAAAUUACCUAGGCAUAAAAUCAUAAACUUCAGAAAAUUUGUCAAUUUCUCUGAGUUUCUUUGAAUUUCCGCAGGGAUGUUAUGAUUAAGAACUUUAUCAAUGCUUGAAAGCCCGCUAUCAGCUAAAAAAAUAUUACAAUUGUCGCUGCCAGUGGUGAUAUUCUUUAAUAACAAAUACAAUCCAUCGUGCGUGGGUUUUGCCAAAAUCAAAAGAAAGUUUCGUCUAGAGAUGUCGUAAAAUCCCGAUUAAUCGAUUAGUAACUAAUCGAUUGCUCUCAAUUCUUGUCGAUUAUUGAAUCGAUUAGUCGUUGGGAAGUAAUCGAUUCAAAAUUAAUCGAUUAUCACAACGAUUAAUCGAUUAAUCAAAGUAAUCGAUAAAUUUGCGACAUUUCUAGUUUCGUCAAAAUCCUCACCGCACCAGAGACCUAGUUACUGUAAACAUGCUGUAUGGACUGUGAAACUACAUAAUCCGACGGUUCACGCUCUGUACUGAACUCAAUUUAUUUGUCUAUGAUCAAUGUGUGGUUUCAUGCUGAUUUCUAGACUCCAUUUCUAUUUUUUUUAAAUUUGUUUUAUCAUUUGUGGCCUACAAUAUAAUCGUUAUCUACUCGUGAUUCUACUAAGAGAACAUAUUUGUUGAUGUAAAGAUGUGCUGUUUGCAAAGAACUCCCCGCAGUGCGAGCUGUUCUUAGCGUGUUUAGUGUGUAUGUGUACGGGAAGUGCACGAAAGCGAAAAUGUGUCCUCGCUCAGAGUGACGAAGAGUCGACAUUGUUGGUUUGCUUCCUUACUAGUUGUAUGUUCUAAGCAAUGUUGAACGCAAUCGAACCCAGAUGAUUGAUGCAAAUUGAAAUAUUAUAGAUUGCAGCGCUGUAUUUAAUACAAACCAAACAUAGGGCUAGAACUGUUAGAGGACUAUGUGAUGUAGGCAUUAUACACAACUUGUAACAACAUUAUUGAAUAAGGUAUGCAAACAUGUUAGAAAAAUAGACUAUAAAUGAUUGAUUACAUAAAAACUUCAAACACUUUUACAUCGAAAAAAUAGGCAGUCUGCAGCAUAGUUUUCGUUAUUUUUGAAAUUUCUAUGAGCAUUUCUUUUUAUUUGUCAGUAAGUGGAAAUUAUAUUAAAGUUUAUUUGAGUAAUUUGUUAUUCAUAUACUGAAACUUUGAAUAUAACUCCUUGGUUUUUUUUUUUAAAUCUGAACAAACAUGGGUAGAUUGAACCUAAGGAGUGGAAUAUAUGGCAAAAAUAGCCAAGAACGCAAA